AUGCGGUUCUUCAUGAUGCAGCGGCCGAUAUUGGCUGCUGUGACUGGCAUUGCCAGGCCAAGUCUUGUCAACAGCGCUGUUGCUCCUCUGGGGACUCAAUUGGCCAAUGCCUUGGUUGAAGGUCGAAGAAAUGCUUCGGUGAAGGCGCAGGGAGCCUACAAGAAGAAGAGCAAGAGGGGAAUUCCUAACAAGCUGGGUGCUAAGCGGACUGGAGAUCAAUUCGUCAUUCCCGGCAAUAUUCUCUACAAGCAGCGCGGAACACACUGGUGGCCAGGCGAGAACUGUAUCAUGGGCCGCGAUCACACCAUCCACGCCAUGGCAACUGGCUAUGUCAAGUACUACCGUGAUCCCGCGAAGCACCCCGACCGAAAGUACAUUGGCGUCGUCUUCAAUAAGGAAGACACCCUGCCCUACCCGCUGCACGCCGAGCGAAAGCGCAAGCUCAACAAGACGGUGCACACGAUACGGACUGAGGCGGCCAAGGCUGAGGUUUCGCCGUCGGGAAUCCCCUUUGAGGUCACACGAGUGGAGGCUGGAGAACCCGACAGGCUGCUGAGGUUGAGGUCGGAUUACAGCUAUCGCGAGGACAACUGGCGCAUCGGCCGGCUGGUGAAGACGACGGGCCUGAAGACGAAGGCGUUCCGGACGCGCAAGCAGUGGUUUAGACAUAGACGGUGGAGGAGGGAGAGGGAGAUUGCUGGGCAGAAGGAGGCUGAGAAGAAGAGGGCGGAGAGCGGUGGUGGUGGUAAGGUGAUGAAGGCGAUUAGCAAAAAGGCUGCGAAGAAGGCCGCGAAGAAGGCUGGAAAGAAGGCCAAAUAA